AUGGGAGUGAUUCAUCAUUGUGGAACAGAAAUUCUAUCGUAUGAAUCCAUGUAUGAGGACGGUAUUUGGUCUGAUACAAAACAUGUUACUACAAUGAACCGAUUGAGAUUGGUCAACUCAGGCAAAUCAGGGACUUGUGAUGUACAAAUGUCGAGAUUUAGAUGUAAUGACAAAUUCACUAAUGACAAAACAAAAUUCACUACCGAAUUAUUCAGAUCCCAGGUGAAGAUUACUGUCAUAUGUGAAACGAGAAUAAUGCUUUCGAAUGGAGCCAAUACCAACUUUAGCAAUGAUGUUAUGCUGAGUAGUAUACGAGAUCGGAUAACUUGGUAA